UUUAUCAGUUGACCAUUAAAACACAAUGGGUCCGUUCCUUAACAGUUCGCCGACCCAUUCUUCGUGUUGUAAAAUCUUGCUAAAUCUUGCCGUUACAUUUUUGAGCUUUCAUCUUUACAAACGGCGUAGGUUUACUGUGUGAAGCUGAAAUGACAAAGGAUGACAUUAGAACAUAUACGUACAAUAGGGGGGUGGGUACGAAUUGACAAACGGGUGAAUGGACAACACCGUGGACGCCACUCUCGCCGCCGGAUCUAAGGACGAGUUGAUGUUACACCGACUAAUAAAUGGUGCUGACCCAGGCUCGGGCUGUAACGGUUAAAUUCUAUCGAACAUUUUAACUUCCGUUGUAAUUCACCAGUUUUUACAUAUUUUUGUUGUGUUAGUUUCUCUGUUUCAAUAAAUCGGGAUCGAUUUUAGCUCGUAUCCUUUUGGCACCAGUGUUUUAUUUUGAAACGAGCGCUUGUUUCCGCUCUUCCUGCGCCGUUGCGGCUGACUUGACUUGACGUUGCAUCAACCGUAAAAACACAAGCAGCCCAACAGAUAGUGGAACACCCAGAACCCGGCGGCCUGCGGUUCUCGGUGUGUUUACUGUCUGAAACAACGAGCUUUCUGAUACCUCGGCACUGUGGACCACCGCCUGCCUGCGUGGAAGUUUCUGUGGAUUUAGAGUGACUGUGUCACGGGGCUAUACUUUCCCGACUUGGACACUGGCGUUGCGGAGAGAUCUGUUCCAGAAGAAGAGGCGGUGUCCGCUUCCACCGACGGUAAAUCAAACCCUGCUGGUUUGGUGGACAGUUUGUGACUCUGUGGAGAGGAGACCAAUGAGACUCCGGUGAUGAUCGACUUGGUGGAAAGUUGGGAGAGAAGGCGAAGUAAAGGGGUGCGCAGCAAGAAAGUGUGAUGUUUUUGGAGCGGAGUUCAAUUUAAGGAUAUAAUCAGUGCAUUGUAGCUGCAGACCUACUGAUACCAACAUGUGUGAGGUGGCAAUAGAGGACCAGGGCUGUGAGAUCACUGAUAUGGAGCAGUGCUCCACGCUGGGGGAGCGCGGGGUCAUGGUGGUGACCCCCCAUCGCCGGGUCGACCCUCCACUCAGCGUGGUGUGGACAACCCUGCUCUACUGCGCUGAGUUUGUCACCGCCGGCGUCCUCUGCAGCAUGUACCACAAGUCUGAGGAUGUGAUUUGGAUGAGCCUCACCAUCAUCUUCAUGCUGCUGCCCGCUGUGCUCAUCCAGUUAACCCUGACCUUCAUCCAUAGAGACCUGGGUCAGGACCGGUCUCUGGUCCUGUUCCUGCACCUGCUGCAGCUCGGACCUGUCAUCAGGUGUUUCGAGGCACUGGUGGUCUACUUCAAGGCGGGCAAGAAAGAGGAGCCUUACGUCACCAUCACCAGGAAGAUCACCCUGGAGGGGAGCCUGGAGGUCCCCAAGGAGCUGGAAAUCGGCCAGACGGAGCGGAUGCUGGCCACGCACAGGAACGCCUUCAAGCGCAUGGCUAUCAUCCAGGCUUUCCUGGGAUCCACGCCUCAGCUGACACUCCAGUUGUACGCCACUAUCCAGGAGAAAUAUAUCCUCUCUACAAGAUUGGCCCUGAUGAUCAUCACCCUGAUCUCCAUCACGUACGGAGCUCUCGUCUGCAGCGUCCUGGCCAUCCAGGUCAUAUAUGACAACUACAAGGUGCAGCUGCGCCCCGGCGCCUACCUGUGCAUGGUGGUGUGGAGAGCUCUGGAGAUCACCACCCGGGUCACGACUCUAGUCCUCUUCAGCACGGCCCUCACCCACUGGGUGAUACUCGUCGGCAUGGCCAACCUGCUGUUCUUCUUCUUCCUCCCCUGGGUCGAGUUCUGGGCCAGGAAGGGGACAUUGGCUGAAGGCGUGGAGAAGAACUUCUCCAAGCUGGGCACCACGGUGGUGCUGUGCAUGUUCACGCUGCUGUACGCCUGCAUCAACGUGUUCUGCUGGUCGGCAGUGAAGCCCGACCUUACCCACCAGGAACUCAUCGAAAGGAAGCAGAGCUGGAGCUCCCUGGUCAUGUACUACUCCGGGCGCUUCGUGGAGAACUUUGUCCUCAUUACUCUCUGGUACUAUUUCAAGUCGGACUUCUACGAGUACGUGUGUGCGCCGUUGGUGGUGGUACAGCUGCUGAUCUGCUAUAGCCUAGCUGUGCUUUUCAUGCUGCUCUUUUACCAGUUCUGCCACCCCUGUAGGCGUCUCUUCAAGUACAACGUCCACGACUGCCUGCGUUGCGUCUGCUGCCACAGAGCGGGACGCAGGGCAAGAAGCAGGCGGGGCAACAUGCCGCCUUCCUACUCCACAGCUGCCACCAUGCUGCUAGUUCCAGAGGAGCCACUGGUGCUGCUGGACCCUCACAACUCCCUUCCUCCAGACGUCGCCAGGCAGCUGGGGGCGCAAGAGUCGUCAGCUUGAUGGAAAACACGUUUGAAACUGGAGGAAUUUUGGGAAUAGCGAGUUGUGGUCCACCUUAACCAGGCCUUACACUGUUUAAACUGAUACUAGAUGUUUUCAAGAACAAAUUUUGGACUUUCCCCAUCUAAUGGACAGGAUCAUUAUUAGAUUCACUGUGGGCCCCAGCCUACCAAGGAAUGUAGCAUUUUGAGAUAUGUGACGAUGAACAAAGGUGGCUGUUGAGAAAGCAUCGCUGAGCCAGGUGUGAAAGGGGGGGAGGGGGAGGGGAGUGCCAAACGUGCGUGAAGUGGCCCAAACACUGACCAGAACCGUUUCAGUUGACUUCCUCUCAGGGUGUCAGUGCUACCCAAUAAAAAAAAUUCCUAUGCACACAUUUGCAUCUGCACUGAUCAGACUGGAACACAGCACGAAUGAAAUUGUUACAAAGCCUUUUAAUGCGUCUGUGUCACGCCGGGCAGCCUGAACCGCCUUUUGUUAUUCACAGCUUACUGCCUUUAAAUGGGCGUAGAAACGUAGGGUUGGUGUUGCAAAACAAACCGUUGGAGGCGUUAUUCUGCUGAUUAAAAAAAUAAAAGGAUAAAUAUUUGUCUGUGGCCUCUGUAACAAAGAAGUUCUUCACAAUUAAUCUUAUUGUUGGAUAAAAAAGACAGACACUAAAUGAGCUUGUAAUUUGCAGAUGUGCUUUGAUACUGUGCAUGUUUUAUUUUUUACGGUUUGUCCAGUUUGUCAUACAGUGCCUUGACUACUACUGUAUUACUUGAAAUAAAUAAAGUGAAAAAGA